GCGUUCCUUCUCCCCACCACAACCUCCGCGCCAGGCCUCACAGGCCUCGCAGCGGGCACAGGCGCCCCUUCAACAGCUCUGCACAGUUGCAGCUGCCGGCCAUGAGCGGCCUGCCCAGCCUGCCGCUGCCGCUGCCGCUGCCGCCGCUCUCGCGCCGCGCGCGCGCACUGCGCCGCCAUCCGUACAUCGCCGCCUCGGCUGCGGCCGGCGCACUGCUGGCCGCCGCCACACUCGGAUGGGCGGCGUGGAGCUGGGUGCAAGAGGGGCGCGAGCGGCGGGAGGAUGGGCCAGUGGCGCCUGCGUCGGACAACAACACACCGAGCUCGAGCAGUGCCCGUGCGGCACGGCCCAGCUUGACGCUUGCGCUGCCCGCCAGCUUCGCACGCACUUCCGCCUCGCUAGCGCAUCUGCGUCUCUUCCUCGAGGCACUGGCGCCGGCAUUCCAAGUGCAUCUGCUGGCGCCACCACCACCAGCGCGAGCCGAUGGCGCCCCGGCGCCCGACGCUGGCGUCGAGAGUGUCGCACGGCUCGCUGACGAGCUCGCGGGCGUCAGCGGCUACGACACGCGCCGCACGCUCGAGUACGGCACGCACGAGGGCCGCAUGGCUCUCGUGCGCGCUAUCGCCUGCGACGCCCACGUCGAGCUCUUCGUCUGCGCCGAUGACGACGCGGCACCUUCGGCAGCGAGCAGCAGCGGUGCGAUAGCGACGGACACAUACGUGGCGGAUCUGGAGCGCCUGCGCAAGUCGUCUGCGCGCAUCGUCCUGCUGCUGCUUCCGCCGCUCGCCUCGCUGCGCGCGCCCGACGGCUGCGCUACGCCGCCGCACAUGACGCGCACCCAGGUGGAUGCUAUCGCCAAGCGCCUGCGCACCUCACAGACGCGCGGCGCCGCUGUCAAGCUCGUUGACCUGCGCGAUGCGGCCGAGGACGAUGAUGAGGACGAUGAGGCACGGAAAGAAGAGCGCUGGACGGAGGGCGCGCGCCAGGUGGCACUGCUCGCCAGCGGCUGGCGGUAGCACGAGCCACGGCGCGCGCGCCAGGUGGCACUGCUCGCCAGCGGCUGGCGGUAGCACGAGCCACGGCGCUCCUCAGACGGGCGCAGCUGUACAGUAGCAACGCUGGAUGUAAUUGGUUCGUGAU